UGCAACAACGCAUGCCGAGAGUUCAGUUUGUGAAGGGACGAUUGAGUGUGAUGGAAAAUGCCUGCCUGGCAAAGUCAGUAACCAUGGUGAAAACAUGUGAUGGGAAAUGCCUGGCAAAGCCAGUAACCAUGGUGAAAACGUUGCGAACCACGGUGAAAACAUGUGAUGGGAAAUGCCUGGCAAAGCCAGUAACCAUGGUGAAAACUUUGCGAACCACUGUCCGUACCACCGGUGAGCAUACGGAGCAGCAGGUUUUACUUCCGAGCAUGAAAUGUGCGAUACCUACCUACACAGAUGGAAGCUUGGAGACCAGCCGUUACAAGGGUUUCAUGUACGAGGAAUCAAGUCCAAUUAACGCUGUUGGUUGCAAGGUGGGCGCAUUUGCGUACUGUACUGCGUUGACAGGCCGUCAGCAUGAAACCUGCACCGCUUUGGAGGCUGCCAGUUUUUUUUUUCAACAGCGCCCCGGGCAGCGCGGAGCCUCCGAGUUUUGCUUGUGGCAACAAAAAACUUUCUGCAAGGCUGGGGCCGUGUACUAGCGGCUUAAGCUGGUGCUUGCUUGGUACCAGGGAACACAAGACGAGGCAGGUGUUGGCCUAACAGAACAGAGCACGGCUGGGUCACACACGGAUGAGACAACGAUACUGCAGGGGACACCAACCGAUACUGCAGGGGGCGAUUACCCAUGAGCAGAAGUCAUGGGAGUAAGUCCAUAAUUUACCUGUUAUGAUGGGUCACACACAUUUAAUCGUAAAAAGGUGUUCGGAUGCUCGCUGUGCUAUGCAAGUGCUGUUUAUUGUUAGUGACUUGUGUUACUUGAGUCGCAAACACUCGGAGAAAUGAUGUUUCAUCGAAGAUUAUAGAUUAUAAUCAGAGGGAUGAGAUGGGGAGCAGGUUCGGCGGCUGUGUGUUGGCCCUUGGUUGUGAUUGCCAGUGUUUUGAUGGUGAGCGUGCGGUGCAUUAUGCCCACUGCUGAGCAUCUCUUGCCGACCUUUUGGUAUGGGGUCUCGCUAUAGAGGGGGCGGCAGAUGGAGAGAAAGGAGUAGGCAGCUCACAGCCCACAACAGCGGCGUGUAACGGCUUCGGGGAGAUGGUUAGCUUUUUUGUGCGUCCAAUCUGUGCAGGUUCAGGUUCGGAUAGGCAGGCUUAGCACGACGGUUUGCGUGGAGUCGCCCUCUUUUCUACCUCCUAAUUACGGAAUACGAGGGUUAUGUGAGGAUGCACCACGUCGAUGGAAUGGAUCGUUGUCUCCAGGAGCAGGAGACCCCAGAGAUAGCGAUUUUAUGUGUAGACGUCUUGCGAUCCUGGAUUUGUGUUGCUGUGCAUUCGGAGUUGUGAUGAUGUUUCCGGAAUCGAUGGUGUGGAUGCUGGGAGAGCUCGAGGCGCCGUCUCUCACCUGUGAAGAAGCAAGUGAAGGCAGAGGGCGCGGAACGCAAUGCUGGGAGAGCUUGAGGCGCUGUCUCUCACCUGUGAAGAAGCAAGUGAAGGCAGAGAGCGUGGAACGCGAUUCCCAUCUGGCCCAUGAUCUGGGAUUGCUUCAGGGUAUAGAGUAGUAGACAAUGUUGUUGGGGUCUCAUUAGAUUGGAAAAUUUUGGUGAGUGGUGAGGAGGGAGGGGGAAUAUGACGUUUUCCGUUUGCAUUCAGAUUGAACUAGCUGUCUCUGCUGAUCAUUCCCAUUCUCAUCCACGGGCGGGGACUAGUCAAAAUCGCCAAGCACAUUCCUUCCUGGUGGUGGUUUUUCUCCUCUUGUGGCCUCAAGUGGCUGCUGGACAAACAAGCAAUUCUGAAGUGUUGCCUUGCGGACUUGAUGGUGGGUAGCCAGAUUUUUUGAAUCGCCAAUCGCAUCGAUUGGCCACAGGGUCGAGUUGCAUGCUCAAAUCUGUCCCUGAGGUUGGCGGAAGCUGAUUUGCUGUUUCUUGCACACAAGGAAUGUACACAUGUAAGCGACACUCUCUCGUAUUUUCCAAAUAAUAUUCAUCGUGUUCGACAGGGCAAUCGGGAUCCAAGAAAAAGCAGCAGCCUGUGGAGGGAAAACUCGGACAAGUCGUCACAGCAGUGGUCAGAGUCGUCAAACCGGCCGCUUCAUCAACGAGUCGGGGAGGAUCAACUGCCGGGAAGAUAGGCUCGAAAUUUUGCCAGCAGCGACAGCCAUAUUGUGUGAAUCGGGCCCAUUAUCAGGAGAGUCAGUUCCCAGGUGCUCUUUUUUUAAUGACAUCGGAACAUUAUCUUGAUGUUCAGGGGGCUGAUCAUGCUGAUGAUGCAAUGAGAUGGGUGUGGGAUCAUUGGUUGAAUGGCGUACAACGGUGUUGUAAAUAGUAUGGACACUUCCAGUAAGAUUUAGGAGAGGGAGGGGGGACUACUCUCUCUAAGGUGCUGUAAAUGUGAUCGGACGUUGCAUUGGGAAAAGCACGGUAGUAGGGAGAGGGGUGUGACAGGAGGAGGAAAGGUACAUUGGCAGCAGUCAAGCGAGGUGAGAGCCUGAGAGGAGGAGGAAGCUCACUCGGACAGGUGAAAGUGGGCAAGAUGGGUUGAGGCGGGACUGGGCUGGGAUGGGCCACACUCGAAUAGACGGGGGAUGGGCAUGGUUGUCUGAGGUUUCGAGCCUUUGCGCGUAUGGCAAUGUCAAGGUUAAGAAAGAGAGCACAUGUAAUAUUGGACCCUUGUUGUCCCCUUCCCUUGUUAUCAUCACAAUCCAGUAGCACAAACGUUGUCUCCCCUCGCCACAAUCUGAUGCCCUUGAAUAGACCUAUUCAAUGUGACACAGUGAACCAAAAGCCAUAUUAAGAGAGGAGGAGGAGGAUGAAAAAGUGUGAGGACUGAGGAGGCGGUGGGGUAUGGUGAAAGGAAGAGUGGCAGGAAGAUGAGCUAGAAGAAAACGAACAAGAAGAGCCGGAAGCAGGAGGAGGAGGAGGAGGAGGAGGAGGAGGAGGAGGAGGAAAACGUGCGAGGAUGGAGGAGGCAGCGGGGUAUGGCGAAAGGAAGAGUGGCAGGAAGAUGAGCUAGAAGAAAAAGAACAAGCGACAUCGCAAUGUGUUAAUUAAACAUUCUCAAUUUGAUUUUGUUAUUAAUUUUUAGUCCGGGUAAUUUAUACAUGUAUGGUUUAACGCCACUCACACUCAAUAGUGGCCUUUUAGUCACCUGUCCCCCAAUCAAUAUCAAUAGAUGGGUAAUCAACUCCCAUACGGAAGAGCAGGAAGCAGGAGGAGGAGGAGAUGUUGAGAGGGGCUAGGAUGGUAGGCUAUGUCCAAUGAACUUCAAUCACUAACAUAAAGCUACGGUUAAGAACUUAAGAACAUGAAAUCACGACGUAACCGUGUCAUGGCAUGGAAGAAGGAAUGGGGCCUACAAUGGAUAGGUCAAAAUUGGGCCUGGAUUUUUUUUUUUUUUACUGGGCUGAUUGGUGCAACUCGUUCCGGCACCACAAGCCUGAUGCUUGCCCCACGCUUGCUAUGGCGCAGCAUCUCAGAGC